AUGAGCUGCUACAAGCUUCCCGAGAGUUGUUGCCAUGAGAUUGAAGCCUUGUUAGCAAAAUUAUGGCGGGGUGUGAAGGAAGGGGAGAGGAAAUUGCAUUGGCUGAAGUGGGAUAAAAUGGUGUCUUCUGGGAAAGCAUUUUUAGCGUAUGUUGGUGGGGGGAACUCUCUUUUGGGAAAAGUCUCUAAAAGCCGAUAUUUCCCUAGAUGCUCGAUUCUUGAUUCCAAGGCGGGAUUCUCUCCAAGCUAUGCGUGUAGGAGCAUCCUUAGCGCCAAAGAUAUUAUCCAACAAGGCCACAGAUGGAGAAUCAGGGAUGGAUCCAAGGUGAGGGUUUGGAAAGAUAAUUGGUUAGCUGACAAUUCAGGUCUUAGUAUAAAAAUCCUUGUUAGAUCUAUUGGGGAGGAAGCUAUGGUUAAGGAGCUUAUUGAUCAGGAUCUUCAAAGAUGA